UAGAGAAAAAUUAUACAAUUUUAUAUAAUGUUAUAUGAUUAUAUAAUUCGCAAUUGCUCCUAUAUGCGAGAUGAAGUUUGACGAACCGUUACAAAAUAGUUUGCAGUCAAACGUAACUCAAUACCCACAGGAUCAUGUAUAAAACGAGUAUCUUGGUCCAAGAAUAUUUCAGCUUGAAUAGGAUUGCAUUACUCGCCGUUGGCUUGUGGCCUUAUCAACAAUCAAAGUUUGCUCCAUGUCAGGCAGCAUUGUGUUUUAUUCUUUUCACAAGCUCUGUCAUAUUCUUGCUUUCAAGGCUUUGUUUUGUAGAAUAUUCCUUUGACUUUACUAUUCACUUGCUUUCUGUAUCAACGUAUUAUACUUUCGUUCUGAUGAAUUAUAUCUCCUUUUGGAUUAACAUAAAAACUAUAAGAUAUAUAUUGGAGCAAUUGCAAUAUAUCUACAACAGACUAAAGGAUUGGAAAGAAAUUGCUAUCUAUAACAAAUAUGGAAACAUUGCAAAACGACUAACACUCGCCUGUAUAAUAAUAGGAAUAUGCAAUCAAGCUCAUCUUAUUGUAAUGCAAUGUUGGCCAUACAUUUGUGAUAUGAUUAUGCCCAAAAAUGUGACCUAUGCGCGCCACCUCAUAAUAACUGUGACUACAUACUUCGCCGUACAGGAAAGAUAUUUCUAUUUGUUGCUCCUAUAUCUAAACGCAGUUUGUACUGUAGGAACAGUUGCAAUCUUAGCGGUAGGAACAAUGCUGGUAUCAUGUUUCAAACAUAUCUGUGGAAUGUUGAGAAUUGCUAGCUACCGCUUUGAACAAGCAAUAACUGCGACGUUACAAAGUAUUACCAAAAAAAAUGAAACCAUGAUUUACAAGGAGUUCAUCUAUGCCGUGGACACUCAUCGCAAAGCUAUGGAGAUUGCCAAAAGUUUUGUGGGCGACAUGGAACGAUCACUUUUCAUUGUUACAAUGAUUACUGUGAUUUGUAUGAGUUUGAAUCUUUAUGCCAUAUUGCAAGUUGAGUCACUUAUGCAAGAAAUAGAUAAGAUAUUAGGAUAUCUUGUUACUAUCAUUUGUCUUUUUAUAUAUAUGUUUGUAACCAACUAUGCUGGACAGGAAAUUACGGAUUGUAAUAAUCAUAUAUUUCUUACGGUAUACAAUGCUCCAUGGUACUUAGUACCGUUGAAGAUACAGAAGUUGAUCUUGUUUUUAUUACAAAGAAAUAACAAAGCUUUCACAUUGAAUAUCGGUGGAUUAUUCACAUUAUCUGUAGAGAGCUUUGCUUCGCUAGUAAGUGCAUCAGUAUCUUAUUUCACUCUUAUGCUAUCUCUCCAAGACUAACGGAAGUAUCCCAGACAGCGCAAAAUGUCCUCAGGAUCAUCCUGAAUAUGUUCAGGACGAUUCAGGAUAUUUCGAGGACGUUUUAAGAUAUGAUACUAAAUUUGUUUUUAUGAAAAUUUAAUAUGCAUUUAUAAUUAUUUUCAAUUAUGUAGAAUAUUUAACAUAAUGUAGAAAUUUUGAGUAUUGUAAUAAAAUAUAAAUAACCCAUAAAUAUCCACUGGAUAACCACAGGAUGUUUGUAAAAUAUCUGGCCUGUCUAUAUUAUGUCAGAUAGCUUACAACGUCGUAAAAUUAUCCUAAACACAUCCAGGAUAUCCUGAGAUAUUCCUCAGUAUUUCCUUCCAAUGUGGAGAAAAAGAUAAAUUCUGAAUUAGUACAGCCAUUUCAGCUGAAAAAAGCAUAUCUAUUUCAGAAUUUCCUCCUUGAAAUGUACGAAAAAUAUCCCAAAUAUAUCCUAUGAAAGUCCUUAGGAUAUUUCACAGGAUCCUUAACAUCCCAGGCAGCACAUGUUAGUCUAAUAUAUGUUUCUUAGACGUAUCUAAUGUCUAAUUCGUCUAAACAUUCCAUUGAUUCCUCGUAAACACUGCAAUACUGACCCCCAUUCUAAAUCUUCUAUUAUAGCUGGCAUCAUGCAUAUAACAGCCUCGUCACAAUAAAUGUGGAGGAGCUGUACAACAAAUAUAGAGUAGUGAUAUAUGUGCAAAUUACACAUAACAUAUGAAUAGAAAUAAUACAAGAUUGCAUUGCUACUUAGCGAUAAAAAUGGAACCUUUAUAAAAUUUUAACAAGCUGCUACGUUAAACAAAUGAUUAGAUUGGAAUUCAGUUGCAAAAUUAUAUAUGUAUAUAUAAAAUAUAUGUGCAAGAAGUAAUAUUCUUGUUCGUUGAAAUUCGUAUUAAAUUUUAAUUAAAUGUUAAUUUAUUAUAAUUAUUAUAAUUAUUUGAUCAUGACUUGGUUAAAUAUCAAGUGCUAUAACAAAGUUGGCAUUAAUGUAUACUUGACAGCAUAAAAUAAUAACAUAUUUCGAUAUUUAAAAGUAGUAAUUCUUGAUUCUUCUGAGUUAAUUCAAAUGCAUAAAAAUACCUGUA